CUCAACAUUUCAAACACCAUUUCUUUUCUUUUUUUGAGUUCCUACGUACUGUUUCUUUCUUUACAGAUCUUCAUCAAGAGAUGAUAAAACCGUGCUGAUCUUGAAUCCUUAUGUAUAUAUUUACCGAUUGUUAUAAGCCAGGUAGCAAAACCCGCAUCUCCAUGAGUACCACAACAAGACUAUGACUAUCCUCUGUCACUCUUUCAUCAUACUAACAGAUUACUUAACCAGCUUCAUCACCAACUGGUAGAACCAAACAAAACCAUAGAUUAUAUUUUUCCUGUCUGUAGAUAUAUAAGAAUAACAAGCUAACUGUGAUGAAGACUGAAUUAAGAAGCUCAACUUCACCUGUUUCUCUUUCUAAACCUAGUGUUUUUGAUACCUCUCAAAGUUCUUUACCAGGUGCACUUAAUGGAUGUCUAGGAACCCCAGAUGGAGCUUGUAUAGAAAAGCUUCUUCAUCAAUGUGCAAGUGCCCUAGAGAACAAUGAUGUAACUUUAGCUCACAUGAUGUGGGUCCUUAACAAUGUUGCUUCUUCAAUUGGUGAUCCUAACCAAAGGCUGACUUCGUGGUUCUUAAGAGCUCUCAUAUCUAGAGCUUCGAGAGUUUGCCCUAGUACAACCAUAAACUUCCCCGAUGGAACACCAGCUACUCUUCAAAGAAACAGUUCACGGCCGCUCUCGAUGACGGAGUUAGCCGGGUACGUUGACACAAUCCCUUGGCAUAUUUUUGGGUUUUGUGCAUCAAAUCAUUCAAUUCUUAAAGCAAUUCAGGGACACAAAAAAGUUCAUAUCUUAGAUUUUAGUAUCACACAUUGUGUGCAGUGGCCUACUCUAAUAGAUGCCUUGGCAAAGAGACCCGGAGGUCCACCAGCCCUGCGAAUCUCUGUGCCAUCUUUAAGGCCACCUGUGCCACCAUUAGUUAACGUCUCAAGCGAAGAUGUGGGGUUACGUUUGGAAAAUUUUGCGAAGUCCAGAGAUAUUACUUUCAGCUUCUCAGUACUCGGCGGGUCGUCUUCUAAAUCAUCAACUCAUGUGCAUUUUGACCUUGAGAGGCUCAUGAAUCAUUUGAAUCCUACUUCACUAGAACUGAAAGAUGAUGAAGCGUUGGUUGUAAAUUGCCAAAAUUGGUUACGAUAUCUACCCGAUGAACUCCAGGGAAAUACUCAACAAGCUCCAUCUUUCCGAAAUAGGUUUCUUGAGAUUAUUAGAGGUAUCAAUCCACAUAUUGUUAUCGUAGUUGAUGAAGAUGCAGAUUUGGAUACCUCGAGUUUGAAAUCAAGGAUAACUGCUAGUUUUAAUUAUCUAUGGAUACUAUUUGAUGCGUUGGAAACGUUGUUGCCAAAAGAUAGUUGUCAAAGGAGUGAAUAUGAAGCUGAUAUUGGGCAUAAAAUUGAGAACAUCAUUGGAUUUGAAGGGUUACAAAGGAUAGAAAGAUUAGAAUCAGGUAUUAGAUUGGUAGAAAGAAUGAAGAGAGCAAAGUUCAUAAGUAUUCCCAUCUGUGAAGAAACUAGUAAAGAAGUUAAGUACUUAAUAAAUGAACAUGCAAGCGGUUGGGGAACGAAAAAAGUGGAUGAGAUGCUUGUGCUUACUUGGAAAGGUCACAAUUCGGUCUUUGCUACAACUUGGGUUCCGUUUGGAUCAGGGCCAUCCGGCCUAUAAAAAGAAAAGGAGAAAGAAGAAAGGCCUUCGUAUUAGUGUGGGAACUGAUCAUAUGACACAUGUUUUCUUCGCAUGUCGUACUUUGUUGUGCCAUAGGCGCUUAUCAGUGCCAUGUCGAUGUGCCUAUUGGAUGGCACAACACAAUACUUUAAAGCUUACAUGUCGUGUUAGAUCAUGUGUUUUGUUGUGCUUGAAUUUUCUUUGUUGUGAUAAUGC